GACAGACAGCUGUGGGUGGACGGUGAAGAUGUACAUCGCUGAAGUCCAUGAAACCCUGAAUUAACUCAGACUUCAUUAUUUUCUCCGUGGCCAAUGACAUUGCAACUAAGAGCCUACGUACAUUAGUGAGCAAGACAUUGAGCCAGAGAGGGAGAUGUGGAUAGAGACUGUUAUCCGCAUGUGAUAGCUUGGCUACUUUUCAUCGUUUUGACAGUUAUCGUAGGUUGUUAUGACAACACGCUAUUCUAAUCCGGAAACGAGUUCAGCUAAAGAUGGCGGUACAGGAGCCGAUGGCGUUACCGAUGCGCCUGAGGAACCAGCUUCAAUCGGUCUAUGAACUUGACCCCUUAAGAAAUGAGGAGGAGGUCAAAGUGAAGAUAAAAGAUUUAAACGAACACAUCGUGUGCUACUUGUGUGCAGGAUACUUUAUUGAUGCAACCACAAUCACAGAGUGCCUGCAUACGUUCUGCAAGAGCUGCAUAGUGAAGUAUCUGCAGACCAGUAAGUACUGCCCCAUGUGCAAUAUCAAGAUCCACGAGACCCAGCCGCUGCUCAACCUCAAGCUGGACCGGGUGAUGCAGGACAUCGUCUACAAGCUGGUCCCGGGGCUACAGGAGAGUGAGGAUAAGAGAAUACAGGCUUUCUAUCAAGCACGAGGCCUUGACCGUUUCAUCCACUCAGCUAAAGGAGAUGGUGUGACUGACAACGGUGGCAUGACACUGGGUAGCUUCGACCAGUCCAAAGCCCACUAUUACAGAUACGACGAGCAGGUGUCUCUGUGUCUGGAAAGACGAAGUUCCCUAUCACUGGUUUCAAAAGACAAGAUCAAGUUGGCUCAGCAGAAAUUUGUGCGUUGUCCAGCACGGACGGAAGUUCAGCACCUCCGGAGAGUUCUAUGUCGAAGACUCAACCUGGAAAAACAGCAGGUGCAGAUGUUAUUUAACAACAAGCCCCUGCCUGAUCACAUGACCAUGAGGCAACUCUGGCUCUCUCACUGGUUUGGGAAGCCCCAGCCGCUGGUCCUUCAAUACGUCAUCAGGGAGAAGAGAGGCAGAUGAGGCUUGUGGAUGACGUGUCCAGAUGUUCACCCACCCCUGAUCAUGUUUAUAUAGGACACACAGCUCUAUUUUGCUAUCGUCACACAGAGAUGCCAAUUUUGAGCCUUUUGUUAUGUAUAUUUUUAAGAUGAAAUCAAUUAAAAAAUCAUGUAAUACGACUUAA